AUGGCCGAAAAUCCAACCUGCGUCGUCGAGGAAUUCACCCGUACGCUAUUUGACUAUGUCAUCUGCGGCGGCGGAACUGCAGGACUCGUCCUUGCGGCGCGUCUCAGCGAGAAUCCCGAUGUGACCGUAGGCGUUAUUGAGGCAGGCAAGUAUCGCAUUGGAGAUCCGUUGGUUGAUACUCCUGCGGCCUUCCCAAACAUGUUCGAGAAUCCCGACUAUGAUUGGUGUAUGUAUACGACACCACAGGAAGGUAACCGUGGCGUUUCUCACCAUAUCCCACGGGGAAAGCUCCUCGGUGGAUCCAGCGGCAUCAAUUAUAUGAUGUACGUGCGAGGAUCGACGCAGGACUACGACGACUGGGCAGAGAUUGUAGAGGACGAUGGUUGGUCUGGAAAGCAGAUGCAGCAAUAUAUGCGAAAGCACCAGACUCUCGAGCCAAUCGAUGAAUCCAUCACCGAUCGCUCCACUAUGCCACUCGUAGGCGAGUUCCACGGCACGAGCGGGCCCGUCCGUACUGGCUUCAAUGAUACAAUUCCACCAGUGGAGAACGAGAUCAUCAAAGCCUGCGAGGAAGUAACCGGCAUCACAAGCAAGCCCACCGACCCAUGGAGCGGCGACCACAUCGGCUUCUAUCACACCCUCGGCGCAGUCAUUCGAACCGGUCCGAACAAGGGCAAGCGCAGUUAUUCUGCACGAGGAUACUAUGAAGCGAACCGCGAGACCCGCCCGAACCUCAAAGUCCUCUGCGAAGCCCUCGUCAAUCGUGUCGUACUAGACGGCAACAAAGCCACCGGCGUAAGCCUCACACACGACGGAGUCGAGUACCAAGUCUCCGCACGGCGCGAGGUAAUCGUCAGCGGCGGGACAAUCAAAUCCCCUCAGAUCCUGGAGCUAUCCGGCGUCGGCGACCCGGAGAUUCUUAAAGCCGCCGGCGUCGAGUGCAAGGUCGCCAACAGCGGGGUCGGCGCAAAUGUCCUAGACCACGCCAUCACCUUCAGCGUGUUGGAUGUCCAGCCCGGCGUUGUUACACUAGACACCCUGGCCCAAGUGCCAGAGGCAAUGGAAGCUGCUGGUAAGCAGUAUGCCGAAACCAGCAAUGGGCCACUCAGCUCGGUCUGCAGUAUGCAGGGCUUCUUCCCGGCAAAGAAGAUCCUCUCCGAGACAGAGCUGGCAGAUAUCAUCCAUAGCAUUCGCGAUAUCAAUCCGACUAGCGCGUUUCACGCGAAACAGCUCGAGCAGACUAUCGCGCACCUUGAGAGCGACCACUCUGCCAAUAUGCAGAUUGUUAGCGUGACAGCUUCCAUGGACCCGAAUGCCAUAGGUCAUCAGGGCAAGAUCAUUGAGCCGCGUUCAGCUGAUCAGCCGGCUGGUUUGACCUUGGCGCUUUGUAUACAGUACCCUGUGGCUAGAGGGUCUAUCCAUAUUGAGAGUGCGGACCCAACCAAGCCCCCCAUCAUCAACCCCAACUACGGCGGCCACCCAGCCGACGUCUCCCUCCUGGCGGCGUUCCUGCGCUGGGGUGAUAAAGUCGCGGAAUCCAAGCACCUGGAGUCGUCAAUCCUGAAGCGCAGGUACCCCAAGCCCAGUGUCAAUUUGCAGGACAUGGAUACGGCACGAGAGGCAGUGCACGACCUCGUUGCGGGUGAGUAUCAUAUCAGCGGGUCUGUUGCUAUGGGAGAUGCAUUGGACAGCAGAUUGAGGGUGAAGGGCGUCGAGGGACUGCGUGUUGCGGAUGCAUCAGUGUUCCCGAAUAAUGUUUCUGGGAACAUUGCUAGUAGUGUUUACGCUGUUGCAGAGAAAGCUGCCGAUUUGAUUCGCGAGGAUUGGGAUUUUAGGGCUGGCAAGCCGACUAUGACGUAG